CUAUAUAUUCUUUUCCCAACAGACAAACCCUUCUCUCUCCUUCAUCUAAUUGUUAUAAUCAUGUCAUCAAGAGCCCUGGAGCCUCUCAUCUUGGGAAGAGUUGUGGGAGAAGUUGUUGAUCCCUUCACCCCAACUUCCAUAAGAAUUGUUGUCACUUACAAUAACAAGCUUGUCUCCAAUGGCCAUGAGUUCUUCCCUUCUGCGCUCACCUCUAGACCUAGGGUCGAGAUUCAUGGAGGUGACCUGAGAACUUUCUUUACGUUGGUGAUGACGGAUCCUGAUGUUCCUGGCCCUAGUGAUCCUUACCUAAGAGAGCACAUCCACUGGAUUGUUACGGAUAUUCCAGGAACCACUGAUGCCACCUUUGGAAGGGAGUUGGUUAGCUAUGAGAGCCCUAAGCCUAACAUAGGGAUCCAUAGAUUUGUAUUUAUUCUCUUCAAGCAAACACGCAGACUAUCCGUUGUUACCCCACCACUCUCGAGGGAUCACUUCAACACCCGACGUUUCGCCGCCGACAACGGCCUCGGCUUACCGGUCGCCGCCGUCUUCUUCAACGCACAACGAGAGACUGCCGCCAGACGACGUUAAUUCACGCUACAACAUUGUCAACGUACGUUGUUUGUCAAGAUGUUUUGAGUGUAUUGUGAAGUGUGAACUAUAAUGCAAUGUGAGAAAGUGGAAUAUAUACAUAUAUAUCUGUGUGUGUAAUGUAAGUGUAAGUGUGCGAGUGAGAGAAUGUAUUGUUUAUUAAUUAUUAAAACAAAUAGAAUUAUAUAUCUGUUUUGUU